AUGGAUCAGCCAGUUCAAGAUUUAAUUGAAAAAAUUCCAGAUUUGAAAAAAAAAUUGAAAAAUUCAUUAGAUUUUGAAAAUAAAUUAUUUACAGUUUUAACAUAUGAUCCAGUAUUGAUUGAUCCAAGAUUAUAUUUGCAUUUUUACUACCCAGAGAUUGAUGGACCAAUGAAAAAAUUAUUAUUAGAAAGAUUAUUAUUCCAUCAACAAUAUUCUACAUGUUGGCAAUUAUUCUUGGGAGAAACAUUGAUAGAUAUUGAUGAAUUCUUAACUAGUGUUAAAUCCAUUUUUAAUAAACAAAAUAAUGAAUUUGCUAUAAUUUAUUUUAUAUUAAGUCAACCAAAUUUAGAUGAAAAUGGCAUUCAUAAAAUUCAAAUUUUAGAUUCACUUACACAUAUUUUUAAAAUCAAUGCUAGACAAGUACUUGAUAUUUAUUACGAAAUUAACGAUUUACGAAAUAUUGACGAUAUAAUGAAUUAUGAAAAUAAUAAUUUUGCAACAGACGUUAUAAAAUUAAAAAAAAUUAUACUGUUAUUAUACUAUGAAGGAGCAUCAAAACAAGAAAUAUCUCAAAUUUUAUUACAAUUUCCACAACUUUUAAUUAAACCUGGUUGGGUUAGCUCAUUAUUACCUAAAUUUGAAUUUUAUUCAUGCUUAUUGUUUGAAGAUAUUCCAAAAAAUUUAGAACCAUUUAUGGAUUCGAUUAAAGAAAUUUUACCAGUGGGUGUUAGGUUAAACGAUGUGGAUGCAAUUUAUUUACUACAUUCAAAUGUGGAUCCUUUUGUUUUGUUUCUGUCUUAUAAAUUAUCACGUAUGCAGAAAAAUAUCCUGAACCUAAUGAUUGAAUCCAUGCUAAGGACUUCUAAAAUUGAAGAGGUUAAAGCUGCUUUUUUAACCUGCAGUGAAAAACUUACAUUACCGGUAGCUGUUGGAUGUUUAGAUCUUUUACUUCCUGUGGAAAUUUCUGCAUUGAGUUUAAUAAAGCCAUUGAAUGCGUUAAUAAGAGACUCGGUGGUAAUGCAGUUAACCCAAUUAAGUCCAUCUCAUUACUUGGAGCUAAUACCAUAUUAUACUCAUGAUUAUAAAGUUUCGCGGCAUUUGAUUAAAUCCUAUUGUGAAUCUUCGAUUGCAGAUAUUGAAGAUUUGAAAUUUUUAGCCCUGCAGAACUCCCUUUCUAAAAGAACAUUGUUGGAGAUUUUUAGAUCAACAUUAUUGAGAACAGAAAUUAUUGAUGAAAAUUUUAUUGAUAUCAUCCUAAACAGUAUAUUACGAAAAUCAAUAACAAAAGUUGGAAAUUUCAGCACUUCCUUUGAAUCAUUAACAUUGUUGGAACGCAACUUAUUUCACGCAACUUUGCGAUCCUUAGGACAAUCUAUCUCAGUACUACCACCAGAAAGUCUUGCUUCGGUCAUGGAUAUUUUAUACAAAGUACUUCAUUCAACAACAUUUGAAUUCAAAGAUGAUGACAUAGCCCAGAAAUAUUUACUCAAAUCCAUAUCAAAUGAAGUUUUCAAUUUUGUAUUACGAGAAGAAAAUAGAGUUGAAAUUCUUUCUACUGUAAUGAGUAAAAUGGAAACAUCAACAUUUUGGGUAAAAUAUAAUUUAAUAAAAGGAACAGUAUUAGAUGAUUAUAAAAAUUCUAUAAAAUUAUUAAAAUUUUAUUCUAAAGAUAAACUUCAAUUAGCUGAAUUUUUUCCAGCAAUAAUUUCAGGAAUAUUAAAUUUUGAAAAUUUAGAAUUAAAUAAAAAGAUAAAUUUAUUAGAUUUUUUUUUUAAACAAGCUAAAAUUUAUGGAUUUAAUAAUGUUAUAAAAAUGAAAAAUGGAUUUGAAAUUGUUAAAUAUUUUAAAGAAGCUGCUAAAAAGAAUGAGUUAGAUGAUGAAUCUGUUGAAUGGUUAAUUCAAUUAACUAAAAAAAGUAAAUAUGUGAAACGAGUGAUGAAUAAUGUAAAGAGUGACAUUAAAUGA